GGUGACUUGGUAGCUGUCUCUGAGUUGCUAGUCUCCCAGAGCCCCACUUCUGUUCUCCAGUCAUGAGCCGUCCUUGGAGAGCCCUUCUGCUGCUGACCGGUUUUUCUGGAUUCUCCCUCAUCAAAACCCCAGACCCGAAGAGUGUCUUUAAACUUUGAGGCUCACUCUGUGAAAAUAGAACUGAAACUUCGCAGUGGAAAGUGACCCCUCAGCUGAGCGAAGGAGAGAAGAGUCCAGGGCCAGGCUCUUGGCAUUUGCUUCGUCUCUUGGCUUCAACCUGGACACUGAGCAGCUGACACGCUUCCACAUGGACGGCGCUGGGUUCGGACACAGUGUGGUUCAGUAUGAUGACACCUGGGUGGUGGUUGGUGCUCCGAAGGAAAUGAGAGCCACUAACCAAAUGGGUGGCCUCUACAAAUGUGGCUAUCAUGUGGGCAAGUGUGAGCCUGUCCACCUCCAGGUGCCCCUAGAGGCUGUGAACAUGUCACUGGGCCUAUCUCUCAUUGCUGCCCCUAACCCUUCCAAGCUGUUGGCUUGUGGUCCUACUGUGCACCACACAUGCAAAGAGAAUAUAUACCUGACGGGGCUCUGCUUUCUGCUGGCUUCCUCAUCUCUCCUGCAGUACCAAAGGUUUCCGGCUGCCCAGCAGGAGUGUCCACGGCAAGACCAGGACAUCGUGUUCUUGAUUGAUGGCUCGGGUAGCAUCUCCUCCAGCAAUUUUAAAAUAAUGCUGCAAUUCGUGGAAACUGUGAUGAGCCAAUUCCACCGACCCCACACACAGUUCUCCCUGAUGCAGUUCUCCGAUAGAUUCUUCACACAUUUUACUUUCAAGGACUUCGUCUCCACCUCAAACCCUCUAAUCCUGUUGAACUCUGUAAGGCAGCUGAAAGGGUAUACAUACACAGCCUCGGCUAUCAAGAGGGUCAUAACAGAACUGUUCACUGCCCAAAAUGGGGCUCGGAAAGAUGCCACCAGGGUCCUCAUUGUCAUUACUGAUGGGAAGAAAGAAGGUGACCACUUGAGAUAUGUUGAUGUCAUCCCCCAGGCAGAGGCUGAGGGCAUCAUCCGUUAUGCAAUUGGGGUAGGAAGGGCCUUUUCCUAUGCACAUACCAGGCAAGAAUUAGAGAACAUUGCGUCAAGGCCUUCCCAAGAACACAUUUUCCACGUGGAAAACUUUGACGCUUUGAAGGACAUUCAGAACCAGCUGAAGGAGAAGAUCUUUGCCAUUGAGGGUACAGAGACAGCAAGCAGCAGUUCUUUUGAAUUGGAGAUGUCCCAGGAGGGCUUCAGUGCUGUGAUUACACCCGAUGGACCAGUUUUGGGAGCUGUGGGAAGCUUCAGCUGGUCUGGAGGUGCCUUCCUAUACUCCCGAAAUAUGAGACCCACCUUCAUCAGCAUGCCUCAGGAGAACGUGGACAUGCGGGACGCUUACCUGGGUUACUCCACCGCACUGGCCUUUCGGAAGGGGGUCUACAGCCUGGUCCUUGGGGCCCCUCGCCACCAGCACACGGGGAAGGUUGUCAUCUUUACCCAGGAAUCCAGGCAAUGGAGGCCCAAGUCUGAAGUCAGCGGGACACAGAUCGGCUCCUACUUUGGGGCCUCCCUCUGCUCUGUGGACAUGGACGGAGAUGGCAGCACUGACCUGGUCCUGAUUGGGGCCCCCCAUUACUAUGAGCAGACCCGAGGGGGACAGGUGUCUGUGUGCCCCGUGCCCGGCGGGAGGAGCAGGUGGCAGUGUGAGGCCACUCUCCAUGGGGAGCAGGGCCAUCCUUGGGGCCGCUUUGGAGCGGCUUUGACAGUGCUAGGGGACGUUAACGGGGACCGUGUGACUGAUGUGGCUAUUGGAGCACCUGGAGAGGAAGAGAACAUGGGGGCCGUGUACAUAUUUCAUGGAGCCUCAAAACUGGACGUCAACCCCUCGCCCAGCCAGAGGAUUUCAGGAUCCCGGCUCUUCCCCCGGCUCCAAUAUUUUGGGCAGUCACUGAGUGGCGGUCAGGACCUCACCCGGGAUGGACUGGUGGACCUGGCCGUGGGAUCCAAGGGGAACGUGCUACUGCUCAGGACCAGACCGAUUCUUCGAAUGUCACCGACUGUGAGAUUCUCACCUUCGGAGAUUGCCAGGUCUGUGUUUGAGUGUCAGGAGCAGGUGGCCUCUGUUCAGACCCUGGCUGAUGCCACAGUCUGCCUUCAUAUUUAUGAUAGCUCCAAGACCCAACUAGGUGACCUCAAAAGCUCUGUCACCUUUGACCUGGCCCUAGACCCUGGCCGCCUGAGUCCGCGUGCCAUCUUCGAGGAAACAAAGACUCAGGCUCUGUCCCGAGUUCGAAUCCUUGGUCUGAGCAAGUACUGUGAGACUGUGAAGUUGCUUCUGCCGGCCUGUGUGGAGGACUCGGUGACCCCUAUCACCUUGCGCCUCAACUUCUCUCUUGUUGGCCUGCCCAUCCCUUCUCACCAACACCUUCUACCCAUGCUGGCUGUGGAUGAGCAAACAUACUUCACGGCCUCUCUUCCCUUUGAGAAGAACUGUGGAGCUGACCACAUCUGCCAGGACGACCUUGGAAUCAUCGUUGGCUUCCCAGACUUGAAGACCCUGGUGGUGGGAAGUGACCUGGAGCUGAAUGCAAAUGUGACGGUCUCUAACGAUGGGGAAGAUUCCUACGGAACCACGGUUGCUCUGCUCUACCCGGUGGGUCUGUCCUUUAGACGAGUUGCAGAAGGCCAAAUACUCCUUCGGGGGAAGGAAGAGAACCAAAGGCGGCAGCGUUCCCUACACCUCACCUGUGACAGCACCCCGAGCAGGAGCCAGGGCUUCUGGAGGACCAGUUGCAGCAUCCGCCACAUCAUUUUCCAAGGAGGUGCACAGAUGACUUUCUUGGUAACUUUUGAUGUCUCUCCCAAAGCUGUGCUGGGGGACCAGCUGUUUCUAACAGCCAGAGUGAGCAGUGAGAACGAUACACCUGAGACCAAUAAAACCACCUUCCAGCUGAAGCUCCCAGUAAAGUAUGCUGUGUACACCGUGAUCAGCAGUCACGACCAGUCUACCAAGUAUCUCAACUUCUCGGCCUCAGAAAAGGAGAAGAGCGGCGUAGUCGAACACAGAUACCAGGUGAAUAAUCUGGGGCAGAGGGAUGUGCCAGUCAGCAUCAACUUUUGGGUGCCUGUAGCACUGAAGGGAGAAGCUGUGUGGACAGUGAUGGCCCCCCAGCUCCAGAACCUUCCCACCCAGUGCCAUCAGAACAGAAUGGUGCCAACACAAUCUGACUUCCUGGCCCACAUGCAGAGGAACCCUGUGCUGGACUGCUCCAUUGCUGACUGCCUGCAGUUCCGCUGUGACAUCCCCUCCUUGGGCAUCCAGGACGAGCUUGACUUCAUUCUGAAGGGCAACCUCAGCUUCGGCUGGGUCAGCCAGACAUUGCAGAAAAAGGUGGUGGUCCUGAGUGUGGCUGAGAUCACAUUCGACACAUCUGUGUAUUCCCAGCUGCCAGGACAGGAGGCGUUUCUGAGAGCCCAGACGAAGACAGUGCUGGAGAUGUAUGAGGUUCACAACCCCGUCCCUCUCAUCGUGGGCAGCUCUGUGGGUGGUCUGCUGCUGCUGGCUCUCAUCACAGGCGCGCUGUACAAGGCUGGCUUCUUCAAACGUCAGUACAAGGAAAUGAUGGCGGAAGCGAAUGGACAGACUGUCUCAGGAAACGAGACCUCAGACCCUCAGGAUGCCCAGUGAGAACUUGCUUCCUUGUCUUCUUUGACCCUGCCCUCCUGAGAGGCUUCCCAGAUCUUGUACUCUCCCCUAGGUCAGCCUCAAGGACAAAGAAACAUUCUGCAGGAGUGCUGGGGCCAGGCCAACUUUGCUCUUUGUGUCUUGUUUGGGAAGGGACACUUGUCUGGUCAAAACUUUACCUGGAAACUCUGAGGACGCAGUCUCUGCUAUGGCCCAGAGAACCCGACUAGGAAUUCAUGCUAGAAAUACAGUGCCCGCUUUGCUCACUGAUCACUAAUGAGCUUUAUAGGUUGAAGAGUGGAAGUAGUCACCCGCUCUUGUCUGUUUCCAGUUCUUCCCAUCUAUGUUCAGGAUGGUAGAAUUGAGUUCUGAUUUUAGGAGGGGAACUUCAGAAAGCCUGAGAUACUCUGCUUUCAAGCCAUCCUCAUUUCUAGUAAAAUAUUGUUGGCAUCAGCUUGUAGCUUUUCUCUGAGACUCUUAAUCGAGCUUUCUCUGAAUUGGCCAGGAAACAUCUGUACAAUGUAAUCAGUGGAGCUGGCUUCUAGUGCCAGCGUUGUUAGCUGGGAAGAACAGUGUCCUUUUCUCUCGGGAGGGACCUUGCUCCUGUACAGCGCCAGGUCAAAAGAGGCCCAUGUCCCUUUGCUGUGUGACUUCUUCUGGGAAGACAUAAGCAAACAUCUGUCUACCUAGGAUAGAGCACUGACAAAAGACCAAAGACAUUAUUCCACCCAACCUUGCUUUGCGAACAUGCGGCAUCUUCAGCAGUAGGAACUUUCCAUUGAGUUCUAAGAUGCAGUCAACAGCAGGGCCACCAUGGGGCUCCUGGGAAUGCCUUUCCCCACAAACGCAGUGUGCCUUCAUUCAAACUCCUUACCCGCUGUCUUACCGUUCCUUCAGACUCUUCCCUGAGUCUAAA